UGGCAGGGAGGAGCCGCACUCUGGAGCGGCGGUAGGAUCCGCAGCGGAGUUACGGGAAAGUUGGUCCGAGUUCCUGGAGUUUCCUUCCCUGGCUCCCCGGCCCGGCCGGCGGGUGUUCCAGCUUCUUUCCUCCUCCAGCCGUCGCCGCUGGCCAGUUCCCUUCUUCUGCCCUAGGCCGCCAUGGAGCAGCCGCCGGCGCCCAAGAGUAAGCUAAAAAAGCUGAGUGAAGACAGUUUGACUAAGCAGCCUGAAGAAGUGUUUGAUGUUUUAGAGAAACUUGGAGAGGGGUCUUAUGGAAGUGUAUUUAAAGCAAUACAUAAGGAAUCUGGUCAGGUUGUGGCCAUUAAACAAGUACCUGUUGAAUCAGAUCUUCAGGAAAUAAUUAAAGAAAUUUCUAUAAUGCAGCAGUGUGACAGUCCAUAUGUUGUAAAGUACUAUGGCAGUUACUUUAAAAACACAGACCUCUGGAUUGUUAUGGAGUACUGUGGAGCUGGCUCUGUCUCAGACAUAAUUAGAUUACGAAACAAGACAUUAACAGAAGAUGAAAUUGCAACCAUUCUUAAGUCUACGUUGAAAGGACUAGAAUAUUUACACUUUAUGAGAAAAAUACACAGAGAUAUAAAAGCUGGGAAUAUUCUCCUCAAUACAGAAGGACAUGCGAAGUUGGCAGAUUUUGGAGUGGCUGGUCAGUUAACAGACACAAUGGCAAAACGCAAUACUGUGAUAGGAACUCCAUUUUGGAUGGCUCCUGAGGUAAUUCAAGAAAUAGGCUAUAACUGUGUGGCAGACAUCUGGUCCCUUGGCAUCACGUCUAUAGAAAUGGCUGAAGGAAAACCUCCUUAUGCUGAUAUACAUCCAAUGAGGGCUAUUUUUAUGAUUCCCACAAAUCCACCACCAACAUUCAGGAAGCCAGAACUUUGGUCUGAUGAUUUCACUGAUUUUGUUAAAAAGUGCCUAGUGAAGAAUCCUGAGCAGCGAGCUACUGCAACGCAACUUUUACAGCAUCCUUUUAUCAAGAAUGCAAAACCUGUAUCAAUUUUAAGAGACCUGAUUACAGAAGCUAUGGAGAUCAAAGUUAAAAGACAUGAAGAACAACAGCGAGAACUAGAAGAGGAGGAAGAAAAUUCGGAUGAAGAUGAGCUGGAUUCCCAUACCAUGGUGAAGACCAGUUCGGAAAGUGUGGGCACCAUGCGGGCCACAAGCACAAUGAGUGAAGGGGCCCAGACCAUGAUUGAACAUAACAGCACGAUGUUAGAGUCGGACCUAGGGACCAUGGUUAUAAACAGUGAGGAUGAAGAAGAAGAUGGAACUAUGAAAAGAAAUGCAACUUCACCACAAGUACAAAGACCAUCUUUCAUGGACUACUUUGAUAAACAGGACUUCAAGAGCAAGAGUCAUGAAAACUGUAAUCAGAACAUGCAUGAACCCUUCCCUUUGUCAAAAAAUGUUUUUCCCGAUAACUGGAAAGUUCCUCAAGAUGGAGACUUUGACUUCUUAAAAAAUCUAAGUUUAGAAGAACUACAGAUGCGGUUAAAAGCGUUGGACCCUAUGAUGGAACGAGAAAUAGAAGAGCUUCGUCAAAGAUACACUGCGAAAAGACAACCCAUUCUGGAUGCAAUGGAUGCAAAAAAAAGAAGACAGCAAAACUUUUGAGUCUAAUUUCUUCUCUGAUUUUUUUUUUUAUCUGUAUAGCUAUUCUGGAGACCAAGAACCACUAAGAAUUGAAGGAAUAUCAUGUUUGUUUUGUUUCUUAAUCCCUAAGAUUUCAGCUGUACAACUGGGCAAAAGUCAGAAAUUGAUGGUACAUACCCAGGUGAAUUCCCAAAAGGCAGAAUUUAUAGCUGUAGUCUCUAUAUUUUCAUUUUUAAAAUGAAAUGAAAACAGCAGAACGUAUUCUCUUUACCUGUCAGUUGUCAACUAGAUUAUAAAAUGAAGGCUGUAUCCAAAAACCUUGAAAAUCCAAAGCUAUGGUUUAAUUGUACAGUACCAAAGGCUUUCUGUUACUCUUCAUCCCUAUGUAGUAGUUUAUUUAUUGUAUCCCCUUAGGUCAACUUAUUUAUUUAUGCUAUCUCACUUUGUUUUCCUUUUUAAGGACAAGAUCAGGGUAGCUUUGGUGAAGGAAGGGGACAUAUUAAUAGCUGACAAUGAAUAACCACAUUACACUUUCAGCCAGGAACUAGUACAGUCCUUGACUUCCAGGAUAGUUUUCCAAUAGAAACAAAGCAAUAGUAGCAAUAGCACCCGACUGGAACAGGCAUUUUUUGUACUGAAGCAAUAAUUGAAAUUUUAUCUAAUUUUUUUUUCAUUUUUGAUGUUUGGUGCAAAUAGAACUAUAUGUAUUUAGGUAAAUAGAGCUACAUUGUUUAAAACCAAAGAAUUCAAUGGAACCUUGGCACCAAAAAUAGUGUGGUAAUUACCUAAAAAGAAAUUAAAUCUGAAGACAAAUGUAGUUUAUUAAUAUUGUUUCAUAUUUCAUGCAUAGGUCUGAAAACUAAACUGUAUCAAACUGUAAUAAGCUUCUCAAAUUUGGUUCUAUGGCAAUGUGCUCUAUUGUCACAGGACUUUUUUUUUUUGUUUUCCUUUAUUUCCUGGGAAUUGGUAAACAUCAUGUGCCUGAUGAUAACAAAAUAGCAAAAACAUUUCUACUCAACUGUACAAGUCUUGGGGACUGGGGAAAAAAAGAUUAAAACCGUUAAAAAGAAACUCAUUUCUAAGCUGGAUGAACAUUUGUAUGAUUGAAUUGGGACCAGUCAUUUCCUAAGCUACAUAGGGCCGUCUUGACAGUAUUUAUUCUUUUGUGUGUUUAAUUUCUCCAUGUAAAUGAUAAAGACAAAUAAAUUUUACUGUGCCACCCAGUACAUUUCAUCUCUGUACCUGGACUUGGUCUCUUCCAAGAAAGGAAGGUAUAUGAGGACAGGUUUGAUGAUGCCUUGGUAACUUCAGUGACUUAACAUCACACAGGUUAUUUCGCACUCCUGCUCCAUGCUAUCCAGGGUGGCAGGACGACUGCUCCUAUCAUCAUCAGCCAGGGACCCCACCUGUAGAGCCUCCACCAUCUGCAACACAGUCGUCACCACAGCAGAAAGAAGGGGACCCUGGAGAGACUCAUACUAGCUCCAGCUGGCAGCGGCACAUGUCCGGCUGCCCACAACCAGCAUUCAAAACCAGUCACAUGGCCACUCCUGGUUUCCAGGGAGGCAGGGAAGUGCAACCUUGCCAGUCGCCUGGAGGAGAGAGAGUGAGAAAUGCUGGUGAUAUGCCCCAGAAGAUGCGUCAUCUCUGGAAAGCUUCCAUUCCUCUUUAAAAUGGCAUUUGUGCCCCCAGGUAAUGCCUUGAUGUAGUGUUUGUUCUGUUGAGUCCUUAUGAAUAGUAAAUUGUGUAAUUGGAUGUAAAUUACAAGACUGUAAAAAUAUGGUAAAUUUUGAAAAAUCUUUUAAAAGUUUAUUAAAAAUGGAGAUUGAAUUUGUAAUAUCUGCUUCAACCACAACUUUAUUGCGGCCUAUUUAGGAGUCAGAUGAGUUGAUCAACUCAUACCCUACCCUUUUUUUUUUCCCUUUGUUAAUUGUUUUUCUUUUGAAUAAUUGGUUUAGUACCUUGCCUGACUUGAUGGAAUCAAAUAACUGAUUUGCUAUCAUCCAAGCAAAACCACCUAUGUGAAAUGGGCAAGAGACCUCUGACGAUUAUUUGUCUCCAGGUUGCUAAAUUAGAAAAUUUAUGCAAAUUAAGUCAAUGAGGCCUGUUAACCACUCUUACUAAUUCAGUCCUAACAAAGCCCUCCUUUUAAUAGUUCAUGUGGAAUGUGCCAAUCACAUCAUAAUUUUUAUAUAAGUAGACUUGGUAGUCUAUGGUUCUAUCUAUUAAAAUAUAUAUAUACUCACAAACACACACCUAUAUAUAUUUAAGAGAAUUAAGAGCAAUUGGUGUUUUAUUUUAGAGCCUUAAGAUGCUCCAGAACAUUUUAGAAUAAUCUAUUUUAAAAUUUUUCCUAUCUUCUCACCUCCUAUCCCCUACCAAUUUAAAAAAAAAAGAAUUUGCAAUAAGCUUUGAAGAACCGAAAGCCAUGAAAGAAACCUUCAAGUAUAGUCAAACCUUGAUUAAUCAGGAUGCUCAGGAAAGUGUUUUUCUAGUUAUUUUAAUGAGUUUAAGAAGAAACAUUAAAUUAUUUUAACCUUGGUUGCUGGAAACUUUCCAAAAAUAGAUAACUGUACUCUCUGCAUCCCCAUCUUUUAAUAAAUGCAGUGUUGUGAAUGUAAUUGAUGCUAAUGAGUCAGGGUUUCAUCUUUGAAAACCCAGCAUCAUUGUAUAUGUUGUCCUGAGAUGAGUAAGUUUUUCUUUGACUUAAUGAACUUAGAUGACUCAUCUCUACCAACUUAGAAUACACUUAAAUAGAUUAUUUUAACAUAGUCUUAUGUUUAAAAUAUGACCUAUUUUGGCCAAUAUAAAUUGGAGAAGAAACCAUGAUUUAUUUAAAUGAAUUUCAAAAUAAUAGCACCUACUAUUCGGGCACUUACUGUGUAUCACACACUGCUAAGCACCCUUACAUACAUUGCUUGCACGCUUAUAUAUUUUUUUCCUCUGUUUAUUUACUCAAUCCCCAGGUUUAUUAUAAUCACUGAAGAAUAUGUAACGUCUCUAAAUGGAAGUUAUAUAAUACAUUAAUAAGAUGCUUUGAACUUAGCAAUAGGGAAUCUUUCCAAAUUGCUGACACAUUAGUAUUCAAUAGGAAAGCUAUUUUUGUUUCCUAUCCUGUAUGUUAACAGAUUAAUGAUGAAAAUAAAUCCUGAAAAUACAAAUGAUAUAACAUUCUAAAUAGGGCAUCAUUAAAAAAAAAUAAUUGGAGUUAAAAUGCAUCACUACAUUGUUAUUAGAAACAGGCAUUUAAUUAGGUGUUUCAUCAAAAUGCUAUUUUGGAUUACUAGGUAUUCUUAUUUGGCACAAAAGGCUAAGAAUCUGGGGUCUAAUGAGAAAACCACUUUUCUUUGCUCUCUGAGCAAUCUGAUGGGACCUGGAUCCAUCCACAAUGAAGUUUCGUGUGCCUUUGUUGGGUAGUCUGUGCCACUGGGUGGUGGCUUGUACUCCAGGGAGUCAGUCGGCUUCUCCCUGCUCCACAUUGACACAGAACCCUUUCAGCCUCAGCCAGCCGCUUCCUUGGAUCACAUACAAAGACCUCAAGAGAGAAUACAGAUGAUAAUAAGAACUUUAAAGAGACAUUAGGCAGCAUCAUGGAAGGAACAUGACCUCAGAAAUUAAAGUACUUGUGUUCAAAUCGCAGCUCUUAGUAUACAGCUCUGUUGUCCUGGGCGAGAUAACCAUUCAGCCAAUCUGUGUCCUAAUUUCCUCAUCUGUAAUAAAGCAGCUGUUGUCAAGAUCAAAUGAUCGAGUGUAUGUAAAGUAUUUAACAAAAUGCCUGGCA